AUUAAUACAAGGCAAUGACUUGGGUCUCACAAUGGAGGGUGAGAGGGAGGGGACGCACAAAGAAUGAGCACCUUCCACACUAAAGCAAUGAUUGCAAGCACUGCCGAUAGUACCUGAAAGAGGGAGAAAACUACUCCAAGGUUACAGGUACUGGGUGGUGCAGUAGCAUGAGAAGACAUAUAUUUCUAUCUGUAGCCAUAGGACUCAUCCUGGUGUCCACUGGAGAUUGUGAGGUGGACUGUGAAAACUCAAAACACUGCCCCAAGACGGAAUGGAUGAGCCAGUGGUACAUAUGGCUUGUGGUUACUGCGGGAGUAUUGAUGCUAAUGUUGGGAGUCACCUGUGCCUGUCUACGUUGCUGGUACCUCCGACAACAACAGCAGGGCCCAGAGAGGGCAGGAGAGCAGCCUUGUGAAGUCACAGUCAUCGCCAUCGACCAUGACAGUACCAUCCAAAGUACUCUGACCUCUCUUCAGUCAGUGCUUGGCCCGGCUGCCCGGAGGAUAUUCGCUGUGUCUCACUCCCAUGGUCCUCCACCUCAGUUCCAUUCUACUGGACCGGAGACCCCACCAUGUUAUGAGGAGGCCCUGCGCAUGAGUAGAUUCACCGUCGCCCAGAGCACUCACAAACUUCCCUCUCUUGCCCCAGUUCCAGAAGAAAGGAAUGAAAUCCCUAUACCAUAGCAAAUGGACAAUACAUAAGGAUGACCCUUAUACCUCACACACCAACAGUCGCUCACUACAAAUAGAAAAAAUACAUUGAAGAUUUUGGCACUUCAGUCUAGAUUGUUUGCAAUAUAUUAUUAGUAACUUUCUGUCAGUCAGUUUGUCAGUAGCAACAUAUUGACGGUUUCCAGGUGACAACCGAAUAUUUUUUCACAGCUCAUCAAGAUUAUAUUUCAAGCAUUUUAUAUCUGAUUGGGGCAUGUUCUAUAAUAGUCAAAGGGCAUUAUCAUAAUUACCUUUGAUCAAAUUUAAGGACUCUCAUGAAACACCUUGCAAAAUACAUUUCUUUCAACAGGCUGCAUUCCACAAGACAACCACUGGGUGGCCACACAGAGUACAUUGCAGCAACAAUAGUUUACCAUUAUACUCAGAUAAACAUCACAUUUUUUGCUAAUGUAGUCCGUCAUAUUAAUAAUAAAACUUCAGAUAUUAUACAUAGAAGAAUUAUCCUCUUUUCUUUUCUAUUUUAAAAGGAGCAUGUGGAAAAUUGUAUCUGCAGUGGCCAGGUUUGGGGUGGCCCCAAUGCUAUACUGGGUACCCUGGACACUUUCAGUUGCCACCACAUGUUGCUGCCCUCCAGAAGGGAUGGUAAGGUGUGGUGCACCCCAAUGGGAAAUAAGUCUAGAGUGUCAGGGUCUGCAGUUAACCAGAGUGUUUCUUUACUGACGGAACUCAAGUGCAAAACAACACAGGCUGGCUUUUCCAGUAUCCUCUCGGGCAAAAUAAGGUGUUGUGCUGAGGAAAGACUGAGCUAGCUGUCCCUCUCUCUCAGAAGGCUUGUAGCCUGGCCAAAGUAUUGUGGCCCAGAGUCUAUGACUCAGCAUCCUAAUCUCAACAUCUUCUUCUGGUCAAUCUUGCAGCUGAUAGAGUCUCUCUUAUUGAAAACGGGUCCCUAUUUAUAGAAAUCUCUGACUGCUCUACUGAUAUGCAGUUUCUAGCUGAACUAUAAUUUUUUAGUGGAAGGGGUGGAGUGGAGAAGCACAUUUCUGUCUAUCAUAGACUUGUAUAGAGCUUCAAUGCAAGUCUAUGGGAAUGAAUAAGCAGGUUUUCCAGACAUAAAUAACAAAGCUAGACCAGACAGUCAGAAGGUCAGUGUGCCU